GGGGAGGGGCGAGACGUGUCACAGUCAUCCUCUUACUCAUCGUGUGUGUGAACAGUACGUCCAGGAGCGACACACCGAUAACUCACAAUGGUCGAAACAGUCUACAAGGGCGCCUUAGAAAUGCAGCAUGUUCUAAGCGACUCUAAAAGCUGGAAGAAAUGGCUUUUUGUUCUCAAAAAGGUCAAAUCAAGCGGCACUGCCUCGUUGGAGUAUUACAAAGAAUCAAAAAAGGACACGACGAAACAGAAUCCGAAAGGCGUCCUGAAUUUGCUUUCCAACUACGCCGUGCUGAUUGUGGAAGCGACUGCUUUGAGGAGGUUUGUGUUCGAAGUGAGAACGUUGGAGCAGACGUUCCGAUUGGCCGCGGAAUCGCGAGAGUUGAUGGAUGAGUGGGUCUACUUUAUGCAGGCACAAACUCAGGCCAGAAAUAUUGUCUCUGCCACUGCUAAAGCGUUUGAUGUGACACCGGAACGUACAGAGGCCCUUCUUCGUAUUGGAGCCCGAGAUGUGUGUCGUCUCUACAUCGAAACAACAGAAAUUGUCCUCUCACUGGCAUCAACAGGUUGUCUUCUGGCUCGUUGGCCUCUCAACUGUCUGAGACGCUAUGGCUGUGACCAAGGCAUAUUCUCAUUUGAAGCAGGCCGUAAGGCUCCUUUAGGUGAAGGCAAAUACUCUUUCAGAAGUGAUGAAGAUGGUCUACUUUUCGAUACCCUUGAGCACAUGGUGAAGUCUCGAGCUAGCACCUUGCCCAGAUUUAGUUCUGCACGACCGCAGCCGGAUAUGAGAAACGUUGAUGCAACUGCAGAUGAUAAUCAGUAUGAUGUAUUACGCAUUCUUAAAGGCCCUGUCGCACACUUCGACCCUUCAAACAGUGAGUUAGAAAGUGGCAAUGCUGGAUACGCACGUGUUGGUACUAGGACACUUCCUCCACCUGCCAAUGCAUUCAACGAAUAUCACCGACUAAGUAGAGACAUGACAGCGAGUGAGGAAUACAACCAAAUUGAUGAAAAAUUCAAGGGAAUAAAUCUGGAUGCAGAGUACACAUAUGCAUAUGCUGGAGUUGUACGUCAUCCUGCUCCUGGUCAUCCACCACCUCUACCUCCAACAGGACCUCCGAGAAGGGCAACAAGCAGUGGAUAUGAAAUCUCUAGGUAUACUAGUAGUCAGUCAUCUGAUGAGAACAAGUCACGUGAGCUUGAUCGAAAUUUUGCUCCCCCGAAAGAUACAGAACUGUAGCAUAUUCUGUAGUGUUCAGUAGAUAGUUGUAUCGAUGUGCGAGCAUCAUUUCUAAUGACAUCUCUCCCUUUGUUAUUUAUACUCUUUGUAUUUCUAUUGCUAAGAUUGCUGUAACUUCGCUAGUGGGAGAGUACGACACAAAUACAGAGCAGGAAACAUUCAACCAAACAAAACUGUUAUGUCAAGGUAGUUCGAGAUUAGACAGAACGAGAUGUACUGUGUGCAGCUAGAGUUCUAAUGAAUCACGCUUUACUGAUUGCUCUACAGUUUGAGAUUGCCAUCUCUCAGUCUCUCUUCCCUUUCUUCUUUUUUCCACCACCUCCUUUCUUCUUCUUUGUUC